AUGUCCAGCCAUACGCAUAACUCGUCUACCGCCAACGUCGUCGGCGUACACUACCGGGUCGGUAGGAAGAUCGGCGAAGGCUCCUUCGGUGUCAUCUUUGAAGGAACAAACCUGCUAAACUCGCAGACCGUUGCUAUCAAGUUUGAGCCACGGAAGGCAGAAGCCCCUCAACUUCGGGAUGAGUGUCGGUCGUAUCGGAUACUGGCCGGUUGUCCGGGAAUACCCCAGAUAUACCAUUUCGGCCAAGAAGGCCUGCACAACAUCCUGGUGAUAGAUUUGCUAGGGCCUAGCUUGGAGGAUUUGUUCGACAUGUGCGGGCGCAAGUUUUCGGUCAAAACGGUUUGCAUGGCUGCGCGGCAAAUGAUCACUCGGGUCCAGACGAUCCAUGAGAAGAACCUCAUAUACCGCGACAUCAAGCCCGACAACUUCCUCAUUGGUCGACCCGGGACAAAGAAUGCUAAUGUUAUCCACGUGGUUGAUUUCGGUAUGGCCAAGCAAUACCGAGACCCAAAGACGAAGCAGCACAUACCCUAUCGCGAACGAAAGAGUCUAAGCGGUACGGCUCGUUACAUGAGUAUAAACACUCACCUGGGUCGCGAGCAAUCACGGAGAGAUGAUUUAGAGGCUCUUGGUCAUGUAUUCAUGUACUUCCUCCGUGGCAGCCUUCCAUGGCAGGGUCUUAAGGCGGCGACGAACAAGCAGAAGUACGAGAAAAUCGGCGAAAAGAAGCAGACUACUCCUAUCAAGGAGCUCUGUGAAGGCUUCCCGGAGGAGUUUGGUAUAUACCUGAACUACGUGAGGAAGCUGGGUUUCGAGGAAACACCGGACUACGAUUUCCUACGCGAACUUUUCGCCAAAGUUUUGAAGAACAAUGGUGAUAUCGAAGAUCAGGUAUAUGACUGGAAUCUGCUCAACGGUGAGCUCUAA